AUGGCCAAAGAAAGUAUAAAAGAGCAAAAAGACAAGACAAAAUUCCCCGAGACUCCAAUCAAGCCAAUGCGCAUCGAGGAAAUCAUCACAGUCACUAAGGCUCAAGCCGGAUUAGCAUCGGAUCUCUCCGUCGAAGUCUCCCUUGUCAUCGCCGAGGUCGAUCCAACCGACACCGAAAAACGGGCUGCCAUGUGA